UAGACGGUAGUGAAGUGUGUCGCUGUCAAGUGAUAUCAAUCAACUAUCAACAUCAAUUAGUAAAACUGUUUUGUUAUCUGUGGCCCCGGUAUUUGCUUGUGCCGGUAUUUUUAUCCACAUUCCACAAACUGAAACAGGUGGAGUUAGAGCUCGUUAGAGUAAAAGUGUUCUGUGAGUUAGAGUAAUAUUGUUCUGUGGGUGGAGAACGGUCGUCUUGAAGAAUUGGCGUAAUUAAACAAUAAUAAAAAUGUUACGUGGUAUUAACCGAUUGAAUAAACUUUAUUCCGUCAAAUAUUCCACUGCUGCUGCGCCGGCGCCGAAUACGAAUCCAGAUAUAUUUUACACUGGGUUGUUCAUUAAUAAUGAAUGGGUAAAGUCAUCGGACGGAAAAACCUUCAAAACAGAAAAUCCUGCAACUGGUCAGGUUAUUGCUGAGGUUCAACAAGGUGGCAAGGCUGAUGUUGAUAAAGCUGUUAAGGCAGCUAAGGAUGCAUUCAGGUUGGGGUCACCGUGGAGGACCAUGGACGCGUCACAUCGCGGCUACCUCAUCAAUAAGUUGGCAGACCUUGCCGAGAGAGAUAGAACUUACCUAGCUAGCUUGGAGACCUUGGACAACGGCAAGCCAUUCCUUGCCUCGUACUACGGCGACGUGGCGUCCCUGAUCAAGAACCUGCGGUACUACGCCGGCUGGGCGGACAAGAACCACGGCAAGACGCUGCCCAUCGACGGCAAAUACUUUGCGUACACACGGCACGAACCUGUCGGUGUGUGUGGCCAGAUCAUACCAUGGAACUUCCCACUGCUGAUGGCAUCGUGGAAGCUGGGUCCCGCGCUGGCGACUGGCAACACCGUGAUACUCAAGCCGGCGGAGCAGACUCCUCUCACCGCCCUCUAUCUAGCACAACUGGUGAAGGAAGCCGGAUUCCCUGAGGGCGUGGUGAACGUGGUGCCAGGGUUCGGAGACGCGGGCGCCGCGCUCGUCGACCACAAGGACGUUGACAAGAUCGCAUUCACUGGGUCCACGGAGGUGGGCAAGUUGAUCCAGCGCGGGGCGGCGGGGAGCGUGAAGCGCAUCACCCUGGAGCUGGGCGGGAAGUCGCCCAACAUCGUGCUGGCCGACUGUGACCUGCAGCACGCCGUGAGGCAGAGCCACCUGGCGCUGUUCUACAACAUGGGCCAGUGCUGCUGCGCCGGCUCCCGCACAUUCGUCGAGGACAAAAUCUAUGACCAAUUCAUCGAAAUGUCCGCCGAGCUAGCGAAGAAACGCGUCCUAGGGGAUCCCUUCGACCCCAAAACAGAACAAGGGCCACAGAUCGACGCGGAGCAGCAGGCCAAGAUCCUGCAGCUCAUAGAGAGCGGCAGACGGCAGGGAGCCCGCCUGGUGACAGGGGGCCAGGCGUCCCCGCGGGCCGGGUACUUCGUGGAGCCCACCGUGUUCGCGGACGUGCGGGACGAGAUGGACAUCGCGACGGUCGAGAUAUUCGGUCCAGUGCAACAGAUCCUCAAGUUCUCGUCGCUGGAGGAGGUGGUGCAGCGAGCUAACGACACGGAGUACGGGCUGGCAGCCGCCGUGUUCUCACAGGACGUGGACAGGAUCAACUAUGUGAUACAGGGUUUGCGCGCCGGCACGGUGUGGGUUAACGAUUACAACGUGUUCGGGAACCAGGUGCCCUUCGGAGGGUUCAAGCAGUCGGGGCUGGGCCGCGAGAACGGACCCUACGGCAUCACCAACUACACCGAGGUGAAGGCCGUGGUGACGAGGCUGACGGACAAGAACUCAUAGGACACAACCCACACACCACACAUGUACGGACUCCAGUGAUCUGAUAAAGAUGGCGAUAUUAAAUAAACACACGGGGAUUAUUACUUAAUCGUGAUCAUAAAAAAAUAUUCAAAAGUAAAAUACAUAAUUCACCUAAAUAAAUAAAUUUUUCCUAAUAUCAUUUCGGAACAACGUAAGUAAAGUUACGUUUAAAGUUAACUUUUUAUAUUACAACCUAUCACACAAAUUAUGCAAAAAAUACAUUUGUAAGACGCUCAUGUGGCGUUUAUAAUUAAUAUUUAUAAAUAAAUAAAUAAAUAAAAUAAAUAUUUAAUAAACGUAGCUUAUAUAAAAGACAAGUAGGUGAAGUGAUUUCUGUUUGAAAUGAAUAUUAUAUUCGCAAUGCAAACAAUUCAGUCAACUAACGGAGGUGAGCGGGCGCCAAGUACUGAACGCUUAUUGGUCAGGUGAUAUGGUCACAGCAUAUCGUAAACAGUCUGUGUUUCUAAUGUGUUCUAUUAGUUAUACGAUCGACGAUGGACUCACUGACCUUUCUAAUUUGUUCGCUGGAUAUCUUUAGUCUGAUAUUACUGUUUUAGAGCUCUGAGCAGUUCUGAGCGCAGUCUUAUAAUAUCUGUAGAAUAUUUACUGAUAUUAUUAGAUACUCAAGGCAGUCUCUCAGUACUCGGACACCGUGACGUUAGUUGGUCAACUAGACCACUUGUAUCAUACUUCAGGUACCGCAAGCUUCACUGAACCACAACCAUGGACGACAAUUGAAUAAAUGUUUAUGUGAAUAACUUGUAAAAAAUGCACUUCUUUCUCACAGUGUAAAAAUUAUUUAAUAACAUGAGUUAUUUAUCUAUAAUAUGCGGUAUUGUAAUAUUUUCAUUGGUUCUAUUUAUUUAACACCAUUAUUAUUCUCUAUGCAAACGUAAAAUAGCACCAAGAAUAAUUUUUAAAGGUUUUUUUUUUGUUUUGUUACCUACGUCAAAGAAGUAUAACUUGUAGCGGGCGUACACACACUUGUAUGAACACUAACUCGACAGACAUUGUUCUAAUAUAAUAAAUAAAAUACUGUUUUUCAUGAAUAUAAAUAAUAUUUCAUAACAUCAAGAAUAAUUUCGGAAGAUAUGCUCCCUGUUGUUAUAAUGAAAUUGGAAACUGUCAACCGUGCGUGUAUAAAAUAUGUCCAUACAAAACAAAUAUUGGAAAUAAAAAUAAUUAUAGGUCCUAAAUCGAAAUAAAAACUAUCCUAUCUCUCAAGUUGGACUAAACUGCACUCUAUGAAGUAAUCCUCAUUAAAAUUUGUUCACUAGAAACAAUGAUGUUAGUUUGGCACUGGAUUUAUAUAUAUUAAUUAUUAAUUCUUCAGCGUCUCGUUAAGUUUUUCGUAUUACAAACAUUGAAUUCCAUACUAAGGGUGCUUCUCACUUCACUUAGGAAUAAAUAAGUUUUAUUGUAAUGGCAUCUACGUAAUUCGUGGAGGACAGUGAGAAAAUGACUCGAUCGCGAAUUUCAUAUUGAGGUACUUUCUGAAAACAGGCCUAAAAUAUAUAUUGGAUUCUAUUUGAGUGAAUGACGUCCUCGGGGCUUUAUACAUUAUUAUUAUACAGAACAAGCAAAUAUUUAGAUUUGUUUUGAAUAUAGACGAAUGCAAAAUAUGCACAAUAAUUAUUGUAUGUUCCUAUAUCAAUAGUUUAAUGUUGGCUGUGCCAAAGCAUUUACUAAUUUCAAUAAUAUAUCAUUUAUAUUUUGUACAUUAUAUAUCUAUUUGUAAUAAUUACAAUCUGUAUCACUGGAUUAUAUUAUGAAUAAUAAAUUGUUUUAUUACUGUC